CUGUUGACAAGGGAAGACGUUGAUGAUGUCAGGAGAGAGAUUGAGAUCAUGCAUCACUUGGCAGGCCAUCCUAACGUUGUUUCCAUCAAAGGGUCUUAUGAGGAUGCUGUGGCGGUUCACGUUGUGAUGGAGCUGUGUGCUGGUGGGGAGCUAUUUGAUAGGAUCGUCAAGAGAGGCCAUUACUCUGAGCGGCAGGCUGCUGGACUCGCUAGGACGAUAGUUGGGGUUGUUGAGGCAUGCCACUCCCUUGGUGUCAUGCAUCGUGACCUUAAGCCCGAGAAUUUCCUCUUUGUCAAUGAGAAGGAGGAUUCACCUCUUAAAACAAUCGAUUUUGGGUUAUCCACGUUCUUCAAACCUGGGGAUGUUUUCAAUGAUGUUGUUGGAAGUCCUUAUUAUGUUGCACCAGAAGUAUUGCUCAAGAGUUAUGGUCAAGAAGCUGAUAUCUGGAGUGCAGGUGUGAUCAUCUACAUUCUCCUUAGCGGGGUGCCUCCUUUCUGGGGAGAAACUGAGCAAGAAAUAUUUGAAGAGGUGCUGCAUGCUGACAUUGAUUUCAAAUCAGAGCCAUGGCCUCACAUUUCUGACAGUGCUAAAGAUCUAGUAACAAAAAUGCUUGUAAGAGACCCCAAAAAACGGCUAUCUGCUCAUGAAGUUCUGUGCCACCCUUGGGUACAGAUUGAUGGGGUGGCUCCAGAUAAGCCUCUUGAUUCUGCUGUUUUGACGCGGUUAACACAAUUUUCUGCGAUGAACAAACUCAAGAAAAUGGCUCUCAGGGUUAUUGCGGAGAGGCUUUCUGAAGAGGAAAUUGCUGGAUUAAGGGAAAUGUUCAAAAUGAUAGAUAUAGAUGGGAGUGGUCAUAUCACCUUUGAAGAAUUGAAGGUCGGGUUAAAAAGAUUCGGUGCAGAUCUUAAUGAGUCUGAAAUACAUGAUCUUAUGAAGGCCGCAGACGUAGACAACAGUGGUACUAUUGACUAUGGAGAGUUCAUAGCCGCAAUGUUGCAUAUUAAUAAAAUCACUAAGGAGGACCAUUUGUUUGCUGCAUUUUCUUAUUUUGAUAAAGACGGAAGUGGGUAUAUCACAGCUGAUGAGCUUCAAAAAGCUUGUGACGAGUUUGGCAUAAAAAAUCCUCAUUUAGAAGAAAUGAUUCAGGAAGCAGAUCAAAACAAUGAUGGUCGCAUUGAUUACAGCGAGUUUGUGUCUAUGAUGCAAAAAGGAGCCAUAAAUUUAGGUUGAUAAACAUCCCAAGAGAUUCAAAGUGUAUGAAGACAAUACAACAAGCCAAUGCACGAUCAACUUU